AUGGCCAAAACGUGGAAUAAGUACUUUGAUGAGACUAACGUCGAGGAUUGGGGCACUCUUCCUUUUCAUGAGUCCUGGGCUCAUACUUAUAGAGAUGAGUACAAAAAGCUCUCUUAUGACAAAGCAACAGACGCAUUCUUCAAAAGUCUUCGAGCAAUAACGAAUAAAAGUUCAGAUAUUGAAAAAGUUAGGAAGGCCGGUUUUUUGUUGGCUCAUCGGGAGUACACUUUUAGAUGGUACUCUGACAAUCUUUUAGGUUGCAUCUUUUGGAUUAAGGAGAAGAAACAUAAAGAUUAUCUUAGAAAAUACUGGGACCUUGUACGUGACGAUUAUAACGAGAGAGAAAAAGUUCGAGUUCUUUGUACGGAUAAUGUAUUUGUAUGUGAUGGUGGAGUGCAGAUUGGUACCAGUAAUCAAAUUACUCACAAACGAGCUCUUGAACAACCGGAGGAAAACCAAGAUAAAAAGAGAGAAAAGAUUGAUUUGGAGUCUGAAGAUGAUAAACUCCCCGAUGAUGCUAAAAGUGUUCGAAAGCAAGACCUUACCGGUAAAGCUUUUCUCCGCUUAACCGAAGAAAAACUUACUCGCAAACCUGGUCUAUAUGAGCUUAAACCUAGUCCUGCAGAGGAAAUAAUGGAGUUAAUUGAGGAGCUCAAGGAGAAAUUAGUGAAGGAACAAAAUAAAAAGAACUAG